GGCCGCUUGGCUCUUCUGUGAUCCUCGGUCCUACCUGUUCCUCAGUCCAGCGCUGUCCUCACCAUCUUCUUUCCCCGGCGUCGACAUCAUUUAGUGUCCACAGUCUCUGGUCAUCCCCUGUACUAUGUCCGUAGAUUCUGGUCAUCUCAUGUACUAUGUCCGCAGUCUCUGGCCAUCUACUGUACUAUGUCUGCAGUCUCUGGCCAUCUCCUGUAGUAUGUCUGCAGUCUCUGUUAAUCCCCUGUACUAUGUAUGCAGUCUCUGGUCAUCUCCUGUACUAUGUCAGCAGUCUCUGGUAAUCCCCUGUACUAUGUCCGCAGUCUCUGGUCAUCUCCUGUACUAUGUCUGCAGUCUCUGGUCAUCUCCUGUACUAUGUCCGCAGUCUCUGUUCAUCUCAUGUACUAUGUCCGCAGUCUCUGGUCAUCUCCUAUACUAUGUCUGCAGUCUCUGGUCAUCUCUUGUAAUACAUCUGCAAUCUCUGGUCAUUUCCUGUACUAUGUCUGCAGUCUCUGGUCAUCUCCUGUAGUAUUGUCUGCAGUCUCUAGUCAUCUCCUGCAGUCCAUUGGUUCAGAAUAUUUUUUUUCUUGUUUUCCUCCUCUAA